CUAUUCACAAUAACUCAUUUAAACGUUUUAUUUGGGUUUUACAAAGGUCUAUUUAGAACACUAAAAUCUCUUACGAGUGCAAACAGAGGUGGUUGCAACUAUCAACAUCUUUAUCUUUACUCUAUUAGUUAAUAAAUUAAAAUGAAAACGUUAAGCCUAAUCCCGCUACAGCUUCAGUUGCAACAAAGAGAAACAGUUUUAUUUUCUUGGUUGUGCUCGGCUGGCAAGGCUUAUAAAGCGGCUGAGCGGCGCGGUCCGCAUUACUAUCGUUCGCCACGCGCUCCGCACUCGUGCACCGGACGCCUAACAUUCUACUUGCAACGAGACGCUCUCUGGAUACUCAUUGUGUUGGUGUGUGAUGAGCAGCAGCAGAUGAUGUGUGGCUCGCUCCCGUUGCUUCUGGUGGCGCUCACCACGGCCCUCGCCGCGCCCUCCUCCAGCUUCCAGGAUAACUCGGAAAAGAUCAUAGUGCCACAAAAGCGAGCCGCGCUCGUCCUGGACCGGUUGCUGAUCGCUCUGCAAAAAGCUCUUCACGAGGACAGUCAGGUGAAGGAGAGCAGGGAGUGGCCGCGCACCGAGCCGCUCCGCAUCGACCUUGAGAACGGCGGGGACAUGAGGGAACAUUACGAGGAGGUGCAGCCCUUGAGCUUUGCUUUCGCCGAGCGCGAUGUCCCGUCUUCGGCGCCCGCUCUCAAGGUCGCGCAUGACAACGAUGGUGACACGAGUGGUCUGCAGAGGCGCGGGCAGGGCGGAGGACGCGGGCGCGUCCUGCGUUGCUACUUCAACGCGGUCACCUGCUUCUAGACCUAAAUCACGUUUUACUUUAUACGGCGAUCUUUACUUAUAUGUUUUCUGAUGCUAAUUGUUACACCGCGAUAUAUUGACUUCAACAGCAUGUUUACGUCACAUCGAAAAAAAAGUCUUAUCAUUUUAUUUUUAAACUGAUGAUGUUAUCCAGGUUCUGUAAAUGUUAACUCCGCAGAUUAGAUAUUUAUGUACUAUUCGAAUAAGUAUUAACAUUGAUGAUUGAGAAUUGAUGCUCUCUCGGCACCUAAAUGGUAUGUAUCUGAGCCAUGGAACGGAUAUUUUCGCAACAUGGAUGACUACUACAAGACUCUUUCUGCCCAGAGUCCCAUUUUGAAGGAAUUCGAGAGAAGACAGAAUAAUGCUAAAUAAAAAAAACACCCAUGUAUUGACAUGGAAACUACUUGCAAUAACUGGCAAUAAGUAAACCAACAGUUUUGUUAAUUUUCCAGAACACAGCGACGCGAUUUUUGUACAAUUUCCUUACCAUUGUUAAGGCUCUGAGUUAUCAAACAUAUUAAUUAAAAUAUUGUUUUACAAA